UCUAUAAAUUGGGCCAUUGGGUUUCUUCAUCUUUACACAACUUUCUUUCUCUCUUAGACAUUGUCUUCAAACACAGCGCUGAGAGAACAAGGUUUCUCUAUUUGGUAUAUACAUAGUUCUUCCUUUUUGUUUCUGUGGUCUUUUUGGCUUAGAAUUUGGUUAUGGUUAUGAUGCUUUUAUAAAUUUAUGAGUUGUAUGUAUGGGUUUUGGGUUUGUUUGGUCGAAGGUGUUCAGGUUGUGGAGGUGUUUGAAAGUAAAAAAUGGUUUUUCUUUUUUUUCGUUUCUUGGAAAUUUGUCCGGGAAACUUCUAGGAAUUUACUGCUUUUUGAGUCUGAGGCUCUGCAUCUGUGUAUUUUGCUUUGAAAAAUGUGAAUUUUCUGAGCAUUACACUCAGUUUGGUACGUGAGAAAAAGUAGAGUUGCUGCACCCCACUUGUGCAAACUGAACAAAGUUGAAGAAUCCAACUUCCUUUUUUUUCUUCUUUUUUUUUUUCUUUCUUUUUUUUUUCGACAAUGGCAUCCUAGGUUGAUUUGAAGAAAUCCAUGGAGAUUUUUAAUGACUUCCUGCGAAAAGUUCAACUUUACAUGACCAUUUCUAUGGAUUGUCUUGAAUUCAAGCUCAUUUAAAUUACUGAAUGCAUUGAUACCGAUUAACUUAAUUAGAUCAGGUCAGAGAAGGAUGGCUGAUCACUUGGCACUCUACUCUAAUCGCCUCAUCACACCCCCUACUUUGGAUCUGAUGCACAAAGAAGAGGAGAAAAGACUAGACGGAGAAGGCUCCUCCCAACAGACAGCUGAGCUCAACUCUAACUGGGCAAUGGACGGAUACAGCUUCUCUGACGAAGAAGAUGGGUUCAGCAUAAAAACUGAAUGUCGCAUUUGUCAGGAAGACGAUCACGUCCAAAACAUGGAGGCCCCUUGUGCUUGUAAUGGAAGCUUAAAGUAUGCCCACAGAAAAUGCAUCCAGAGGUGGUGCAAUGAAAAGAAAAGCAUCGUCUGUGAAAUAUGCCAACAGAUGUAUCAACCUUCUUACACCUGCCCGCCACUCCCAAAUCCACCUACUCGUCUCCGAAAUCAUGCAGCCAUUAAUGUCAGUGAUGAAGAAAGCGAUGAUCAUUUAAAUGAUCAGGGAGGUGACACAGGCAUUAAUGUACUGGAGCCGGAUUGUGCUGAUACAACUGCCCGCAUGACUUCUCUAUGCCAGACGCUACUCCUGAUUGUAACAGCUUCGAUCCUACUGGGGAAUGCUGCUCCCAUCCCGGGACGUAUUCAUGAUGGAUAUGUCUCAUUUUCCACAAAUGGGUUUCUGGGGCGAUUGAUGGAGUUCCUCCUCCCCUCCUAUGCUCUCAUAUGGGCCAUAAGCCUCCUAGUUAAACUAAAACGGAGAUUUGAGGGGAGAAGAAGACUGCCCUUAGAAGCUAUGAGGUUGCAGUCUGGCAGAAGGGAAGUGGAGCUGAGAGAGGAUGACUUGGAUAUUGAAAAUGGGACUCUACACCAUUUCUAAGAUUCAUCCUCGGAUUGAUAGGCAAUAUGUUGUAUGCAUGUAUGAGAAACGAACCUCUCUAAUCUUAUGGGAGUCUUGAAAUAUCAUAGAAUGUGCCUGAAAGUAGAGUGUGGCAGCCACAUAUUUGAGCUGUUUUUUGUCUGUAAAAA